CAAGCAACCAAUAGACCUCCACUCUUCAAUGGGACAAAUUAUACCUAUUGGAAGACUAGAAUGAGAAUCUUCAUUCAAGCACAAGACUAUGCCUUGUGGAGGGUUAUAGUCAAGGGACCACAAGAACCAUCACACAUGGUUAAUGGCAUUCAAGUUCCCAAACCUGAGGAGGAUUGGAAUGAGAAUGAUGAUAGGAUGGCUCAACUCAAUUCAAGAGCCAUGAACUCAUUAUUUUGUGCUCUAGAUGUAAAUGAGUUUAACAGAGUCUCCACAUGUAGUUCCGCUAAGAAAAUAUGGGAUAGGCUUGAAGUUACCCACGAGGGUACAAAUCAAGUCAAAGAGUCCAAAGUGAACAUUCUAGUUCACAAAUAUGAGCUGUUUAAGAUGAAACCCAAUGAAACCAUCACAUGCAUGUUUACACGCUUUACCGAUAUAAUUAAUGGUCUAAAGAGUUUGGGUAAAUCUUAUACUAAUCCGGAACUUGUAAGUAAAAUUCUCAGGUCUUUGCCGAAAGCAUGGGAAGCAAAGGUCACGCUUGAUAGUGGUUGCUCAAGGCAUAUGACCGGUGACAAGAGUCUCUUCGUCACUUUGAAAUCAAAAGAAGGAGGAGUAGUCACAUUUGGAGACAAUGCUAAAGGUCAAAUCAUUGGUGUUGGUAAAAUCUCCAUUUCACCCUCCUCUUUUAUUGACAAUGUAUUGUUAGUUAAUGGACUAAAACAUAAUCUAUUAAGUAUAAGUCAAUUUUGUGACAAGGGAUUUAAAGUGUCAUUUGAAUCAUCACUAUGCAUAAUUAGUAGUCCAAUUGACAAUGAGAUCAUACUCACAGGACAUAGGCAUGGAAAUGUUUACAUGGUUGAUCUUGAUGAUCUCACCAUGAAGGAUGGCCAAUGUCUUGUAGCCAUGAGUCCCAAAGUCAAUGAGACUAGUUGGUUAUGGCAUCGUAGGUUAGGACAUGCUAGCAUGGAUUUAGUUUCUAAAUUGAUUACAAAAGAUCUAGUCAAAGGACUACCAAAGAUAGAUUUUGAAAAGAACAAAAUUUGUGCUGCAUGUCAAUUAGGGAAACAAACGAGAAGCUCUUUCAAGUCUAAAAACAUAGUCUCAACAACAAAACCCUUAGAACUAAUCCACAUGGAUUUGUUUGGACCCACUAGAACUGCUAGUCUAGGGGGUAAGAAAUUUGGUCUUGUAAUUGUUGAUGAUUUUUCACGUUUUACAUGGGUUUCAUUUCUUGCACAUAAAGAUGAGUCCCUUCCCGCUUUUAUCAAGUUUCAUAAUAGAGUUUCGAAUGAACUCAAUCUUAAACUAAAAGCAAUUAGGAGUGAUCAUGGUACCGAGUUUGAAAAUCAGCACUUUGAAAAGUUUUGUGACGAAAAUGGUAUCAAUCACAAUUUCUCGGCACCUAGGACACCCCAACAAAAUGGGGUGGUAGAGAGGAAGAAUCGCACACUAGCAGAUAUGGCUCGUACCAUGUUGUGCGAAUCAGAUCUACCAAAAUAUUUUUGGGCUGAAGCAAUAAAUACUGCAUGUCACAUUUUAAACCGUGCAUUAGUUAGAUCCAUCUUGAAGAAAACACCUUAUGAGUUAAUAAAAGGUAAGAAACCAAAUAUAAGCUAUUUUCAUGUUUUCGGUUGUCGAUGCUUUAUUUUAAAUAAUGGAAAGGACAAUCUAAGCAAAUUUAGUGCUAAAUCAGAUGAGGGGAUCUUCUUAGGUUAUUCCUCAUCUAGUAGAGCAUACAGGGUCUUCAACAAGAGAACUCUCGUUGUUGAAGAAUUCAUUCAUGUUGUUUUUGAUGAAUUAGAAGCUAUUAGACUGCUUUUGGCAUAUGCAUGCUUCAUGGAUUUUAAACUCUAUCAAAUGGAUGUAAAAAGUGCGUUUUUAAAUGGUUAUAUAAUGGAGGAAGUUUAUGUAGGACAACCUCCAGGUUUUGAAAAUCACUUACAUCCAGAUUAUGUGUAUAAAUUGCAUAAAGCAUUGUAUGGACUUAAGCAAGCCCCUAGGGCAUGGUACGAAAGAUUAAGUAAUUUCCUAAUUGAAAACAAAUUUAAGAGAGGAAAUGUAGACAAAACCCUCUUCAUUAAAAGAAAAGGAAAUGACUUACUGCUUGUACAAAUUUAUGUGGAUGAUAUAAUUUUUGGUGCUACUAAUGAUAGUCUUUGUCAAGAGUUUGCCAAGCUUAUGCAGGGAGAAUUUGAAAUGAGCAUGAUGGGUGAGCUCAACUUCUUCCUUGGGCUACAAAUAAAACAAUCAGAGGAAGGCAUCUUCAUCAGUCAGUCCAAAUAUGUCAAGGAAAUGUUGGAAAAAUUCAAGAUGAAGGAUGCAAAGGAAAUCAGCACACCCAUGGGCUCAAGUUGCAAGCUUGACAAAGAUGAAAAAGGUAAAAGUAUAGACUGCAAAUUGUACAGAGGUAUGAUAGGCUCAUUACUUUACCUUACUACUAGUAGACCAGAUAUAUUAUUCAGUGUUUGUAUGUGUGCUAGAUACCAAGCAUGUCCUAAGGAAUCACACUUGCAAGCUGUUAAAAGAAUUUUUAGAUAUCUGGUAGGGACAUCUAAUGUAGGCUUAUGGUAUUCUAAACAAUCUGACAUAAAUUUAAUUGCUUAUUCCGAUGCUGAUUUUGCCGGGUGCAAACUCGACAGAAAAAGCACAAGUGGCACAUGUCAAUUCUUAGGUGCAAAUUUGGUUUCCUGGUUUAGCAAGAAACAAAAUUCAGUUGCCUUGUCCACAGCUGAGACUGAGUACAUUGCAGCUGGAAGCUGUUGUGCCCAAGUUCUUUGGAUUAAGCAACAACUUGAAGACUUCGGCAUCAAAAUGGAUAAUAUACCAAUUAAAUGUGAUAAUACAAGUGCAAUUAAUUUAACAAAAAAUCCUGUCCAACACUCUAAGUCAAAGCAUAUAGAGAUUAGGCAUCAUUUUAUUAGGGAUCAUGUGCUGAAAAAUGAUGUGAUGAUUGAAUAUGUAUGUACUGAAAAUCAAUUGGCCGAUAUCUUUACAAAGCCCCUUUGUAAAGAU